AUGGCCGAAAAGAUGUGGACGGCGUUGCCCUGAGAAAGUGACGCUGGGUUUAUAAAUUUCAAUUCAUUAUUUUACUUUUUCAGAUUGUCGAGCUAAUAUAAUUAGUCAUAUCACAUAAGCGUAAGGGUGCUCAAGCAAUGGCUACUCCAAAUAAUUACAAGCAAAAUACAUCCAUGUCGAUGCCAAGCCCCCAGAGCAAUCCGCACUACAUGAUUGCGGGGCCCCCAAUGAGUUUCGGUAUGAUGAAAGGCGGUAUGAAUGCACCGCCGCCGCACCAUAACCAAUACCAGUACCACCCGCAAUACCAGGGUGGUCCCCCAAUGGGUCACCCGGGCCAUCCGGGUCACCCGGGUGCCUACGGGUGGCAGCAGAGUCAACAGCAACAGGCCCGUUUCGGUGCAGAAAGCGCGCGACGCACCACCACAGGCAGUGCUGCGCAGUCUGCCCAGUCAGGCAAAGACGAUAAGACGAGUCCGUUUGUUUCUACUGUGCAUUCUCAUCCUGGAUUCCAGCCGCAGAAGAUCGGGAAGGGUGGCGCUCCCGGUGCCAGUCUUCCCAAACCUCCAAAGCCUCCAGAGAAACCCCUAAUGCCCUACAUGCGUUAUUCCCGGCGAGUAUGGGACAGUGUAAAGGCUGCUCAUCCUGACCUGAAGCUAUGGGAGAUAGGUCGAAUUAUUGGUGGUAUGUGGAGAGACUUGCCUGAAACUGAAAAGGCAGCAUUUGUCGAUGAAUAUGAGGCAGAGAAGUCGGAGUACGAAAAGAGUUUGAAGGCGUACCACAACUCGCCCGCGUACCUCGCCUAUAUCGCCGCGAAAAACAAGGCCGUAGUAGGCAAUUUGGAAGAGGAGAGCUCUAACAAGAAGGGAAGCUCUCAGAAGGACCAGCAGCAACAGGAUCGAAGAAUAGAUAUACAGCCGGCUGAAGAUGAGGAAGAUCAAGAUGAGGGUCUGUCUGUAAAGCACGUAGCGUACGCGCGCUACCUACGCAACCAUAGGCUCAUUAACGAGAUAUUUUCCGACACCGUUGUGCCUGACGUGCGUUCUGUUGUCACCACCGCCAGGAUGCAGAUAUUGAAAAAACAAGUUCAAUCGCUUACGAUGCACCAGAAGAAGCUGGAAGACGAACUGCAGCAGAUUGAGGAGAAGUUUGAAGCCAAGAAACGGAAAUUUAUCGAGAGCAGCGAGGCAUUCCAGGAAGAAUUGAAGAAGCAUUGCAAGCCAGCGGUAGACGAAGAGACCUUCGGUCGCAUGGUGGAACGAGCGCUAGAAGCGAUGCGCCGCGGCGUGAACCCCACACACCCGCUGCACCCGUCAGCGCCCGCGCAGCCGCCGCACGCGCCGCUGGCGCCUAGCGCCGCCAACGCCGACCGAAAGGACGAGCCAAUGCAACAAGAUUCGGCACAAACAAAACCAGAGACGAACGGACCGACACAGGUGGACAAAAUCUCCACGUCAGAAGCCAAACCUGACUCUGAUGCCAGCAAGGAACAGCCUUCUGAAGAGAAAAAAGAAACGCCUGCCAAUGGACCAGCUAAUCAUACUGAUGGGGAAGGUGAACGCAAAGAAGAAAAGCUUCAAGACAACAGACCAGAUUUGAAAGACGGCGGUGUCCCUCUCGUUGGUCCUCCGGGAGUCCCGUCUGGACCUCCGAGCGCUGGUGUCCCUCCAGGUCCUGGUGCACCGCCACAGGCCGGUACUCCGCCGGCUGGCCCGCCGCCCCCAGGGCAGCAUAUGCCCUCGCCGCAGCACCAUCCUAUGAUGAUGCCGCCAAACCCCAACGCCCCUCCCCACCCGGGCGCCCCCCAUGGAGGCCCGCCCCCACCAGUGGGCGGCUACGGUGCGCCUUACGGCGGACGCUACUACCCGGGCUACGGCAACUUCCCGGGCGGGUAUCCGCACUACUACCCGCCCGCACCCGGUGCCCCACCCGCCGACCCGUACGCGGCGCCGCACCCCUCUCACCCGCCUCACCUGUCCGCACACCCACCACAUUUGCCCCCACACCCGCACCAACCACCUCACCCGGGUCCCCACCACGCCCCGCACCCGCACCAACCACCUCAUCCCCACCCGGCUCCGCAGCAGCUGCCCCCACCUGCCGCGCAUCCCGCGCCGCCGCCUCACCACGAGACUAAACAGGAUGAGCCACCAGCCAAGAAGGAGUCUGAUUGAUUGUCACCAAAACGCGCCGUCAAACGACGGCGUAAGUCCUCAACCAAGGACAACCAAUAAACAAACAUUUACUAUAGAAAUGCUUCACUAUUUAACACAGAUGAGUGUCAAUUCGGACAAACGCAGACAGAAAUUUAAUUAUAAAUUUUGUCAGUUUUUUCUUUCAUUAUCAGUAGGACAAGGGAACAAAUUUAUAGUGUAUGUAUGAAUUUUGACUGCUACAUAGCUAAAUUAGUAUAUGAGGGUUGACAAAUUUGGAAGCUCUGAAAUAAUAUUAAAUGUAUAUUUUUUUUACAUUGUACUCCCACAACACAUGUUGUAUAGCAGUCUGCUGUGGUAGAAGCAAAAAACUCAAUACUAACAAAAUUGAAAAAAGAGCGUCGCCAACAAGCAAAGAGAACUUAUACUUUUUGCUUGUAACUUUUAAGUUAAAUUUAGUUUGCGUUUGUCCGAAUCAACGUCCCAAUAAGGCGUUUAACGUAUUAAUGUUAACUUCAUUGUCAUAGUUUUUUGUUCUAGGCAUUAGACAUUUAAAAAUGUAUCUUCAUUAUUACUGCCUCUUAAAAAAUUGGUAAUCAUUUUGGACCAGUCCAACAAUUUACUUUCAAUUUGUGAUAUAAAACUGUUACCAUAACAUUAGGCAAAUUGGACGUAGUUAAGCAAAAAGGAUCCAUUCCACAAAAUUAUCAAAAAAUGGGUUAGUACCAAACGGUUCCUAAAGUCUAAUAAGUAUAUACGUACAAAAGUAUAUGUCCAAUUAUU